UAACUGUUGGAUGGUGAUCCGCUCGGUGCAUAUAUCUUUCUGAAGUCAACGGGCCCAUUGCUAGGGGUUGCAUUGGUUAGAGUUUGUGUAAUCAGCACGGGUACAGCGAUUAGAUUUGAUGACAAGGAGGCGCUUGUUGAUUAUCUCCUCCCUUCAGGCCCCAGGUGUAAUGGAUAGAAUCCAGCAGAAACUUGCAACAUUACGUGCAGAAGCAGACCAGGCAAUCGGACGUGCAGAAAAAGCGGAGCGCACAGUCAAAGAAUAUGAACAGGGCAUCCUCGAAAGAGAUCAGGAAAUCACUUCGUUGCAGCACAAGUCAUCGUCCCUCGAGGAGGAAUGUGAUCGUGUAACGCAACGACUCCGGGAGAUGCAAGAAAGGGUAGAGGCAGACGGUCUCGAGAUCGAGCGCAUGACACGUCAAAUGAAGUACCUAGAGCAAAAAUGCGAUAAUUUGGAAACAAAGUACGAGGAAGCGGUCGCCAUGUAUAAAGCGUCCCAAGCAGAACUGGACGGUCUUCUGAGUGACAUGGGUAAUAUCUAGAUAGCUCUGAAUUUCUCUCGACCCCGUUUUGACGGUUUUCUCGAACAACUGGCGCAAGCUAAUAACUACCUUGCUACAUUGUCUAUCACGCUACACGUAGUUUCGCGGGGAACUUCAUGAUAGUCCCUGGAUGUGAUCUGAAUGGGGAGAAGGAACGAUUUUACUUGCAUCAACGUGCAGGUGCAACGACAACCCCCCCCACUGGCUACAUGAAUUACUCGUUUCCCUUGAAGCUCAACGAGACAGAGUUCACACAGUGACGUUCGUCAGCUGAA